GUAACCCUGGUCGUUAUUGCCAUGGCAGUAUGCCAGGCCGCUGCUAAGACACAUACCUUAUUCUUCGAGACAAAGUGGAUCACAGCCAAUCCGGACGGUGUGAGGGACCGCCAAGUGAUCUCGUUUAACGGAAGUUGGCCUUUGCCCACAAUUGAGGUCAACAAGGGCGACUCCGUGGAAUUCCAUCUCAUCAACGGGCUCGACGUCUCAACAUCUUUGCAUUUCCAUGGUCUACUUCAGAAUGGCUCCAACCAUAUGGACGGGCCUGUUGCCGUCACACAAUGUCCGAUACCUCCUGGUGAGUCUUUUGUUUACGAGUUCACGGUGGAUCAAGUAGGAACGUAUUGGUACCACAGCCACAGUGGCUCGCAGUACAGCGAUGGACUGCGUGGGCUGUUUAUUGUCCAUGAUGAGGAGGUGGAAUCCAACUACAAGUUUGACAAGGAGCUCGUUUUGUCCUUGAGUGAUUGGUACCAUGACCCAAGUGAGGUCUUGAUCCAGAGACAGCUUUCUCUAUAUAAUCCCACAGGAGCCGAGCCAAUUCCUCAAAACACGCUCAUAAACGACACCAAAAACAUCACUUUCGAGGUGGAGCCCGACACGACGUAUCUGAUCAGAAUUGCGAAUAUUGGAAUCAUGUCGUCACAGUACCUGUUUUUUGAAGAUCACGACGUCGAUAUCAUUGAGGUGGAUGGUGUGUAUGUUCAUCCUGCCAGGGCGUCCAUGAUAUACUUGGCAGUGGGACAAAGAAUGAGUAUUUUGCUGAAAACCAAGUCGUCUGCAUCCAAAAACUUCGGCAUUGUCCAUGCGCUGGAUAUUUCCAUGUUGGACGCCUUGCCGGCUGAUCUGCAGUACGUUUCUGUCAACCAGAUGGUUUACGACAAGAGCCUCCCUGAUGCAACUUUGAAGAAAGAGUGGCUGGACAUCGAUUCAUAUGCUCCGUUCGACGACUUCGAGCUGCGUCCUUUAGACAACAUGCCUCUUCUUCCAGACCCAGACCAUCGCAUAGAUGUUGUUCUGCACAUGGAGAACCUGGGAGACGGUGUCAACUAUGCAUUUUUCAACAACUACACCUACGUUGCUCCUAAAGUGCCGACUCUGCUCACGGCACUCAGUGCCCCUAAGGAGUACGUUUCCAACGCGAAAAUAUACGGAUCCAACACGAACUCGUUUCUGCUAAGCUACGGCGACGUUGUGGAGCUUGUGGUCAAUAACGAAGACGACAACAAGCAUCCGUUCCACCUGCACGGCCAUCAAUUCCAGACCAUAGUUAGAUCGGAACCAUACGACGAUCCCCACCAUUACGACCCGGACGCAGAAACAAAACUACCAGAAAUCCCCGUUCGCAGAGACACAAUGAUUGUGGAAGGUAAUGGUCACAUGGUGCUGCGGUUUGAGGCCAAUAACCCAGGUAUCUGGUUCUUUCACUGCCAUUUGGACUUCCAUCUUGAACAAGGUCUUGCUUUGACUCUCAUUGAAGCUCCGUUGGAGCUUCAGGAACAGUUUGCAUCGAAAGAGCUACCCGAAUACUUUUUGCAUGCUUGCAAAGCUUCCGAGACACCUUAUAAAGGCAAUGCUGCUGCCAACACCAAGCAUUGGUUGGACCUGACCGGUGAAAACGUGCAACCGCCACCAUUACCGGACGGGUUCACGUUUAAGGGCUAUGUCGCGCUGGCUGCAUGUACAGCCAUUGCGCUCUACGGCCUCAAAUGUAUUUAUUCCUACGGUAUGGGCGACCUGAACAGGUCCGAGAACGUGGCCGCAGAGGAGCGCAAAAUGGUCCGCAAACUUAUGCUGAAGCUGAACCAGGAGCAGCGGGAAAUGCUCAGCUCGUCGCCCUCAACAGUGAAAAAAAGAGAGGAGAUGCGCCAGAUGAUCGAGGAGCUCGAGGAGCUCGAUAAACGGUUCCGCGAGCUCGAGUAGGGCUGCGGUGCACGGGUGUGUACAUAAUUUAAAAAUCGCCAUAGGCUACGAGCGCGUGCCGGGCGUGAAAGUGCGGCCUGUAAUAGUUUGUUCUGUAAUGUCUGUUGAGGUGGAAAACGAUCUGAUCAAGUUCUCGUACGGCAAGGCACAUGCCUGUGUUGCGAAAAAAGGCUGCACUUUGGUCUCCUUUGUGGUGGAUAGUGAUGAAUACUUGUAUCUCUCGGAAGCUGCCAAUUUGUCGAGCAAGAGCCCGACGCCCGUGAGGGGCGGCAUGCCGCUGAUUUUCCCGGCAUUUGGCAAGUCGUAUCUGGAGAGCCUGAAGACGGUCCAGCAGCACGGGUUUGUGCGCAACAUGGCUUGGGACUUCGUCAUAGCGGAGGUUUUGACAGAGUGCACGGUAGCACGGUUUCGGCUAAGCCAUCGGCAGUGCGAGAAGGAGCAGCAGUACAAAAACUGGUGCGAAUUUUAUGGCCAGCCCAUAAAGUUUGAGCUGACGAUGGUUUUCGAGCUAUUUCCAGACCGCAUCACGGUGAACACGGGCCUAGUCAACGAAAACGUGUCUGAGCUCGAGUUUCAAUUUUUGUACCACACCUAUUUUCGAGUGCCCUGUGUUCGCGACAUGUAUAUCACGGGCUUGAAGGGGGCCAAAUAUCUGGACAGACUGCAGACCCGAUACGGGCUGGAUGGCAGUCCUAUGCUCAAAGUGGAGGAGCAGACAGACAAACUGUACGAGUUGGGCGAGAACAACCGGGAAAUCGACAUCUUGUCGGGCAACUACAACGUGAGACUGACUGCGUCGGACAAUUUGAAGGACCUGGUGGUUUGGAACCCGUGGGAAGAAAAUGCGGCCAAGAUGAAGGACUUUGAGCCGAAAUCCAGCUACCGCAACAUGUGCUGCGUCGAGUUCGGCACAAUUGGGGGCACAACGGUCACCCAAGGCCAACGGUGGCAGUGCCAGCACACAAUCACCAUCAUUUAGGCGCACUGGAGGGGAAUACUAAAAUAUCAUCAUCUAUGUAUUGAACUAUUUUUCCUCGCUCGGCUGCUCCUGCGCCUUGUCGUCAGAGGCGGCCUCCUCCUCGUCUGAGCUGCUCAGCUGGUCCAGAUCGGUAGGAGUGUUCAGCGAGGGGAAGUCGCCGCCGCUCUCGGCCGCAAGCUUGGCAAAGUCGAUCGACUCGUCGCCGAAGGCAUUGCCCAGGUCGCCCAUCGAGUUCUGCAGGUCGUCAUCUUUCUCGUCCUGCUCGUCCUCGUCAACCCACUUGUCGAAAUCGGUCUUUAUGUAGUGUUGCUUCACCUUCAGCUUUGUCAGUCUAGGCCAGAACUCGGCAUUGAGCUUCUUCUUGUACAGAACAAAGAAGAUGUGGGAUCCCGUGAUCUGGUACUUCGACUUCUUUUCGUCAAUCUCGUCGUAGAACUCAAUGUCCAGCUUAUAGUGUUUGUCGCCCGACUUGCCUUCGAACUUCAACUCGGUGGCACUCAGCGUGAUCUCUGGCUUCUCCACAUCGGCCACAUUGAUUGUCAAAUAGAGCAAGUUUUUGUCUGGAAUCGAGUCGUGGGAUCUUUGAGCCCAAAGAACUUCAGGUGGAAUUGUCGACAUGACAGAUCGUAAUUAAGUGUUAAAAGUGGUAGGU